CUCCAAGUGUGGUCGCCCGGUAUGUGCGCCUCAGCAAAGACAGCAGCGUAAGGAGCGGAGGGGAGGGUCUGGACACGGGAGGGAGGGAAGGAGGGAAGGAGGGAGGGGGCGAGAGAAAGGAGCCAGAACAAGUGCGCUAUCCCGGGAUCUUCAGCACUGCGUUUGUGUCAAGUGCCCUCCCUGGAGCGUGCACGUGUGUGUGAGUGAGUGUGUGUGCAUGUGAACAAACCUUCCGGAGCCAUGUCGGACCCCAGGGACAUCGAUGAGGACGCCAUCCUCAAGGGCCUCAGCCCAGAGGAGCUGGAUCAACUGGAGUAUGAGCUGCAGGAGAUGGACCCCGAGAAUGCCAUGCUGCCCGCUGGAUUCCGGCAGCGUGACCAGACCAAGAAGAGCCCGACGGGGCCGUAUGACCGGGACGCCCUGAUGCAGCACCUGGAGAAGAGCGCUAUGGAGCACCCCGACCGAGAGGACCUCGUGCCCUUCACCGGAGAGAAGAAAGGAAAGGCUUUUAUUCCCAAGACAAAAAAAGAGAUCCCUGCGCACGAGCAGAUCGUCCUGGAGCCCGAGCUGGAGGAGGCUCUGAAGAAUGCCACAGAUGCUGAAAUGUGUGAUAUUGCAGCCAUCCUGGGAAUGUACACACUGAUGAGUAACAAGCAGUACUAUGACGCUCUGGGCACCACGGGCACCAUCGCCAACACAGAGGGCAUCAACAGUGUGGUAAAAGGAGACCCAUUCAAGAUCUUCCCUGACGAGCCGCCCAACACCACCAACGUGGAGGAGACGCUGGAGAGGAUCCUCAGCAAUGACAGCAGCCUGACGGAGGUCAACCUCAACAACAUCAAGGACAUUCCCAUCCCCACACUAAAGGAGAUCUUUGAGGCAAUGAAGGAAAACUCACAUGUAGAGUCUUUGAGCAUCGCCGCGACCCGCAGCAACGACCCUGUGGCCUACGCAUGUGCUGAGAUGCUGCAGGAGAACACAAGCUUGCAGAGUCUUAAUAUUGAAUCAAACUUUAUCACUAGCGACGGUAUGAUGGCUGUUAUCAAAGCCAUGGCCAGCAACGCCACACUGGUGGAGCUCAAGAUCGACAACCAGAGGCAGCGACUGGGAGACUCGGUGGAGAUGGAGAUCGCCACCAUGUUGGAGAAUAACUCCAGUAUCCUGAAGUUUGGAUAUCACUUUAACCAGCAGGGUCCUCGUGCCAGAGCAGCCAUGGCCAUCACGCGCAACAACGACAUGAUUCGCCAGCAGAGACUAAGAUGAGACUGUUUGGAAUACGGCGUCACCAGUCUGCCUUUGUGGAGCCAAAUCGUACCAUCAGCCUACAUACCCUUAACGCCCUGUCUUCCUCCCUGUGCCCCCUCGGAAGGAUCUGGGGCUUUGAGUGCAUGGUCUACACCUCCAUCUUGUUCUGCCAUUUCAUUUCAUGUGCUGUAGACUGCCCUUCUCCAUAAAGACGUGUGUGGGUCAACCGUGA